AUGGGGAAAACAGUCGUUGGGGCCAGUAGGAUGUUCUGGCUAAUGUUUUUCGUGCCGCUUCUUCUUGCGCUCUGCCCCAGCGAGCCCGCGCACGCCCUGGCACCCGAAUCGAGCCGAGUUGAGCUGUUUAAGCGGCAAAGCUCGAAGGUGCCAUUUGAAAAGGACGGCAAAGUCACCGAUCGGGUUGUCCACUCGUUCCGCCUCCCCGCCCUUGUUAAUGUGGACGGGGUGAUGGUUGCCAUCGCGGACGCUCGCUACGAAACAUCCAAUGACAACUCCCUCAUUGAUACGGUGGCGAAGUACAGCGUGGACGACGGGGAGACAUGGGAGACCCAAAUUGCCAUCAAGAACAGCCGUGUAUCGUCUGUUUCUCGUGUGGUGGUUCCCACAGUGAUUGUGAAGGGCAACAAGCUUUACGUCCUGGUUGGAAGCUACAAUAGUUCGAAAAGCUACUGGACUUGGCAGCCUGAUGGAAGCGACUGGGAUAUUCUGCUUGCCGUUGGUGAGGUCACGAAGUCCACUGCGGGCGGCAAGACAACUGCGAGCAUCAAAUGGGGGAGCCCCGUGUCACUGAAGAAGUUUUUUCCGGCAGAAAUGGAAGGAAUGCACACAAAUCAAUUUCUUGGCGGUGCGGGUGUUGCCAUUGUGGCGUCCAACGGGAAUCUUGUGUACCCUGUGCAGGUUACGAACAAAAGGAAGCAAGUUUUUUCCAAGAUCUUCUACUCGGAAGACGAGGGCAAGACGUGGAAGUUUGGGAAGGGCAGGAGCGAUUUUGGCUGCUCCGAACCUGUGGCCCUUGAGUGGGAGGGGAAGCUCAUCAUAAACACCCGAGUUGACCGGGCACGCCGUCUGGUGUACGAGUCCAGUGACAUGGGGAAUACGUGGGUGGAGGCUGUCGGCACGCUCUCGCGUGUGUGGGGCCCCUCACCAAAAUCGGACCAGCCCGGCAGUCAGAGCAGCUUCACUGCCGUGACCAUCGAAGGAAUGCGUGUGAUGCUCUUCACACACCCGCUGAAUUUUAAGGGAAGGUGGCUGCGCGACCGACUGAACCUCUGGCUGACGGAUAACCAGCGCAUUUAUAACGUUGGGCAAGUAUCCAUUGGUGAUGAAAAUGCCGCCUACAGCUCCGUCCUGUACAAGGAUGAUAAGCUGUACUGUUUGCAUGAGAUCAACACUAACGAGGUGUACAGCCUUGUUUUUGCACGCCUGGUUGGCGAGCUACGGAUCAUUAAAUCAGUGCUGCAGUCCUGGAAGAAUUGGGACAGCCACCUGUCCAGCAUUUGCACCCCUGCUGAUCCAGCCGCUUCGUCGUCAGAGCGUGGUUGUGGUCCCGCUGUCACCACGGUUGGUCUUGUUGGGUUUUUGUCCGGCAAUGCCUCCCAAAACGUAUGGGAGGAUGCGUACCGCUGCGUCAACGCAAGCACGGCAAAUGCGGAGAGGGUUCCGAACGGUUUGAAGUUUGCGGGGGUUGGCGGAGGGGCGCUUUGGCCGGUGAGCCAGCAGGGGCAGAAUCAACGGUAUCGUUUUGCAAACCACGCGUUCACGCUGGUGGCGUCGGUGACGAUUCACGAGGUUCCGAGCGUCGCGAGUCCUUUGCUGGGUGCGAGCCUGGACUCUUCUGGUGGCAAAAAACUCCUGGGGCUCUCGUACGACAAGAAGCACCAGUGGCAGCCAAUAUACGGAUCAACGCCGGUGACGCCGACGGGAUCGUGGGAGACGGGUAAGAGGUACCACGUGGUUCUUACGAUGGCGAAUAAAAUUGGCUCCGUGUACAUUGAUGGAGAACCUCUGGAGGGUUCAGGGCAGACCGUUGUGCCAGACGGGAGGACGCCUGACAUCUCCCACUUCUACGUUGGCGGGUAUAAAAGGAGUGAUAUGCCAACCAUAAGCCACGUGACGGUGAAUAAUGUUCUUCUUUACAACCGUCAGCUGAAUGCCGAGGAGAUCAGGACCUUGUUCUUGAGCCAGGACCUGAUUGGCACGGAAGCACACAUGGACAGCAGCAGCGACAGCAGUGCCCACGGUACGCCCUCGACUCCCGUUGACAGCAGUGCCCACGGUACGCCCUCGACUCCCGUUGACAGCAGUGCCCACAGUACGCCCUCAACUCCCGCUGACAGCAGUGCCCACGGUACACCCUCGACUCCCGUUGACAGCAGUGCCCACGGUACACCCUCGACUCCCGUUGACAGCAGUGCCCACAGUACGCCCUCGACUCCCGUUGACAGCAGUGCCCACGGUACGCCCUCGACUCCCGUUGACAGCAGUGCCCACGGUACGCCCUCGACUCCCGUUGACAGCAGUGCCCACAGUACGCCCUCAACUCCCGUUGACAGCAGUGCCCACGGUACGCCCUCGACUCCCGUUGACAGCAGUGCCCACGGUACGCCCUCGACUCCCGUUGACAGCAGUGCCCACAGUACGCCCUCAACUCCCGUUGACAGCAGUGCCCACAGUACGCCCUCAACUCCCGCUGACAGCAGUGCCCACGGUACACCCUCGACUCCCGUUGACAGCAGUGCCCACGGUACACCCUCGACUCCCGUUGACAGCAGUGCCCACAGUACGCCCUCAACUCCCGUUGACAGCAGUGCCCACAGUACGCCCUCAACUCCCGCUGACAGCAGUGCCCACGGUACACCCUCGACUCCCGUUGACAGCAGUGCCCACAGUACACACUCGACUCCCGUUGACAGCAGUGCCCACAGUACGCCCUCAACUCCCGUUGACAGCAGUGCCCACGGUACACCCUCGACUCCCGUUGACAGCAGUGCCCACGGUACACCCUCGACUCCCGUUGACAGCAGUGCCCACAGUACGCCCUCGACUCCCGUUGACAGCAGUGCCCACGGUACACCCUCGACUCCCGUUGACAGCAGUGCCCACGGUACACCCUCGACUCCCGUUGACAGCAGUGCCCACGGUACGCCCUCGACUCCCGUUGACAGCAGUGCCCACAGUACGCCCUCGACUCCCGUUGACAGCAGCGCCCACGGUACGCCCUCGACUCCCGUUGACAGCAGUGCCCACGGUACACCCUCGACUCCCGUUGACAGCAGUGCCCACAGUACACCCUCGACUCCCGUUGACAGCAGUGCCCACGGUACACCCUCGACUCCCGUUGACAGCAGUGCCCACAGUACACCCUCGACUCCCGUUGACAGCAGUGCCCACAGUACACCCUCGACUCCCGUUGACAGCAGUGCCCACAGUACGCCCUCGACUCCCGUUGACAGCAGUGCCCACAGUACACCCUCGACUCCCGUUGACAGCAGUGCCCACGGUACACCCUCGACUCCCGUUGACAGCAGUGCCCACGGUACGCCCUCGGCUCCCGUUGACAGCAGUGCCCACAGUACGCCCUCGACUCCCGUUGACAGUAGUGCCCACAGUACGCCCUCGACUCCCGUUGACAGCAGUGCCCACGGUACACCCUCGACUCCCGUUGACAGCAGUGCCCACAGUACGCCCUCGACUCCCGCUGGUAACAGUGCCACUCGUAUGUUUUUGAUUUUGCCCGAUGGCGCUGCAAUUUCGGCUUUUUCGGGCGGAGGGCUUCUUCUGUGUGCGUGUGCUUUGCUGCUGCACGUGUUCUUUACGGCAGUUUUUUUCUGA